UCGCCCACAUCGGAAAACGUUGCGACACUAUACAGCCUAGGUUACGUUCCUAAAAAUCUGGAUAUUGUGUGUCAGUUCGCCUCGUCAGCCUUGUAGUGUUUCAGGAGCUCUUCUCGUGGCAGUCUAACGCUACCGAUUCCGCCCAUCCUCUCUUGACAGCUCCUUCUUUCAGCGACGCGCUCAUUGCGCUCUUUUUGAAGGUCCUGCGCGAAACCCUUCCCAGGCGCGCGACCUCUCCAAUAUCAUUUUCUUCACCUGAACUCGCUGCCGUUUUCGAGUUUUCUGAGAUACGACACCGCCGUUAUUCUAUUUGGUUUUUAUUAUUACUCGAACGGAUAAACGCUUGUGAAUAUGGGCGUGCGUGGAGUUUUGGUUUAUGCCUUUCUUGCGGUUCUCGUCGAUCCGUGUCGGGGGACUUUAACGAACUGCGACGAAGUGCGUAAAGUUUUUCAGCUGAAGGAAAUCGGACCUGCGAAGUCGAUACCCGAAACACCGAGAACAGGUUCAGACCUUCAGGUUUGUAUGUCAAAGAACGUAACGUGCUGCACCAAGAAGAUGGAGGAGCGUUACCAGGUGGCUGCUCGACGGGACAUCCAGAACCUCCUCCAGAUAUCCAGCUCUAGUCUGAAGUUCCUCAUCUCACGCAACGUGGCUGCUUUUCAAGAAACCGUGGACUCGUUGGUGCGGCAGGCGGAGAACCACACUCAGGCCGUGCUCCUGCACACGUACCGUGAUCUGGCCGGACCGGCGGCGGCUCCCGUCGGGGAGUUUUUCACAGACGUGGGUCUCUUCGUCUUGGGCUCUGAGCUGAGUCUGGAGGAAGCUUCUCAGCGCUUCUUCGACGCCCUGUUCCCCGCGGUUUACGAGCGGCUGGUGGAGCCGGGUCUGUCUCGCUUGUCCCAGCCGUACUCCGAGUGCGUCCGCUCCUCGUGCCGGGAUCUGGGUCCAUACGGCGGAGCUCCUGGCCGGCUCGCCGCUCUUAUCUCCCGCGCCUCGCUGCCCGGCCGGGUGUUCCUCCAGGCGCUGCACUUGGGCGUGGAGGUCAUCAACACGACCGACCACAUCCAGCUCAGCCGCGAGUGCAGACGCGGCCUGCUGAGGAUGAGCUACUGCCCGCACUGCCAGGGUCUGACCUCCAGCAAGCCCUGCAUGGGCUACUGCCUCAACGUGGUGCGAGGGUGUCUCGCCAGCCUGGCCGGAGUGGACGCCCACUGGAGGGAGUUUGUCCGCUCGCUAGAGACGCUCUCUGCCCGCAUGCACGGGGCGCAGGACCUGGAGCACGUGCUUCUGGAUGUUCACGGGCUGGUGAGGGACGCCGUGGCCCACGCUCAGAGGAACGCACCUCGCCUUUCCGUGCAGGUGCGGAGGAUGUGCGGUCACCCGAUCAGACAGCAGACGGAGCAGGCGAGCAGCGGUCAGCACGGCAGCGCCGGACGAGACUCCAUUCCCCUGAAAGGAGCGGUCAGAAACACAGAAGACACUCUUGGCAGCAGGAGAAAAGAGUUCCUCAGCAGUCUGCGUCUCUACCGGGCUUUCUACGGGGGUCUGGCCGAUCAGCUGUGUGUGAGCGAGCUGGCGUCCGGAGACGGGACGGCCUGCUGGAACGGGGCUGGUUUGGCCAGCUACACUCUCCGAGUGGUUGGCAAUGGCAUUAAAGCCCAGGCUGAAAACCCAGAAGUCAAAGUGAAGGAGGCCGACCCGGUGAUCAGUCAAGUCAUUGAUAAACUGAAGCACAUCAAUCAGCUGUUGCAGGGCAAGUCAAUCCCAAAGCUGGGCACACUGGACCAAAUCGAAACCGGGAGUGGAGACGGAUACAGUGGAGACUGCGAUGAUGAGGACGGAUGCUGGGGAUCAGGGAAUGGAGCGGCCGAGAGGAGAAGAAUAGAAACUAUAUUGACACCGGAAAAUACCAACAAUCACAGAUACCAUCACCCACAAAGCAAAGGCUUUGAUCAGAUGAAUUCUGGCUCGAGAGGAACACAUACCGCCCCGUUGGCUCUGGUCUCGAUAUGUGCGUUUGCGCUGUUGUCAGGGUAACGGCAGCCAACUGGGUCCAAGCCCCAGCCUCAAGACUGCUUUUCACACUGUUUCUUAGAAAGAAAAGAAAAUGUGCCAGCUUUUAAAACGUCGAGGGUGAAAUUCCGGCGAGGUGAUGGAAACGGAUUGCAAAAAUUGAUGCAUUGAGAACCGAAGAUGAACUGAGAGCGGAAAAACUGUCCUUUCAUAAACCUUUUUAAUCACGUAACAGGCUACUAAAUACUCUGCCAACACUUUACUGCCUUGAAUGCUGUCUUUUUUACAGGGUUCAGAGUAAUACAUUCAGAGAAAAUGAAUUAAUUUAAUUCUUUAAUUGUGUAUAUUCAAAAAAUAGUUGUGAGCUGAAAUGAGCACUGCACGUAUCAGCAUUUUGUUUUUUGUUUUUUUUAAUAGAAAUGAUGCAAUAUUUUUGAUGUCACAUACUGCUUUAUGAAUACGUCUCGGUACCAUGUACCUAAAUGACCUCUUUUUUUCAGCAUUUUUUAAUGUACUGUUGUUGUUUCUUUUCAUCUGAAAUGGCGUACGACGCACCUUAACAAAGUGUAUAAAGAUGUGUUGAUUUACAAUGUAUUUAUUCUUGGUUACAGAGUCGCAUUAAACAGAUUAUGAAACUAAACAUCAGUUAAAUGCGGCAAAAUAUGCAUUUCUUUAAUACAGCAACAUUUUACAGUAAGGUUUCAUUUUUUAGCAUUGGUAAACAUGAACUAAAAGUUUAAUUUUUACAAUAGUCCUAUAAUUUUUCUUUCCCUCAGAAAUUCUGUAUUGGAUAUAAACAACUUUUUAUUGCACAAAACAUUUUAUUUAUCUCACUAUUAAUGAAAAUCAAUGAAUGACAUUUAAUGUUAGAGUUAAAAGCACUGAAGAUAUGACUUUUUAACUUUUAUUUUGACGGUUGCCUUGAAUAUCUUUACAUUGCUGUGUGUAUAUGAUACGAGGACAGUGUUUUUCAAAGGAAACUGUCAAAUGCUCACGAAGUGAUGCUCGGAGCAGCUGUGGAGAUGUAUUUAUGUCAUCAUAACGAUUCGAUUUUAGUACAGUUGUACACAAAACCGUGCAUCUGCGCCAUUCAUUAACAGAGACACAUGGAAUUUAUAUUUAAUUAGACUUUUUGCGGCUUAAUAUUUACAAAUAAGAGUGGCACUGUGCUUACUUUUGUGUGUGUGCUGGUUGUUGUGGUUAUGGAGACACAAAUUUACUGACACGGGUAUGAUGGAGGUAUUACAAUUUGAAGGUGGUUUAUGAGAACACUGCCAAUGUUCCCAUAAUUUAAAUGGUUUAAAAACACACUGAUGGGUGUGUGGGAGCCCAUGCGUACCUUCAACAAGAAACUGCUUUAAAUCGCUAUUAUUUGUCAUACAGCUUGGCAAUAACAACGGGGAAGUGAGUCUUCUGGAGAAGGACUCUACGGAAGCCACAUCCUGCCCAAAGGGAGGUAACAUGUGAAGACACUAAUGUGGACUUGCCCAGGCCUGGGGCAGUGCAACAUAUGAAUUGGUGUCUGAUGCUGGAUCUACCCAAGAAACAGGAGGAAUGACUGAGAGCACAGACAGACAAAGUAGUCUCUCAAAUGGUGGAAAAUACACAUACACCUGGCCCGGUACAAGUAACACUGAAACCGGGACUUGCCGAGUCUGACUGCCAAGGGUGCUGGAGGAUGCUCAACCAGAGUCCACCGUAUGGGAAACUCAAUUGGUAGAAAACACUGCACCCGCAUCCUUGGGUGAGGGGGAAUGGUGCAGCAACUGAGACACUGGCCAGUCCUUCCCGGCAAUUACCUGUUACCCAACAAAUGGGAAGAGACUGGCUCAAUGUGGAGAUUUUAGUACCUCGCAAAGGUGUUCGGUGGAAGGCGUGGUAGAAGGCUUGGACACGUAUCCAGGCCGGGGGCUCAAGACAACAUGAGAGUAUGCCGGUCCAAACACAAAGCACUCUUCGCUACCAAAAAUGCUUAGAGGUCCCCGACCAUCUUGAUGAAAGUGUCUUUAGUCUUUUAGAAGACAGGAAUUUAGCUUGACGGAAUCCAGCAGCCCAAAGGGACCUCUCUGAGGGCCAGUCAGGACAACAGAGAGAUCGCAGGAGGGCACCAGGGGUGACCUGGGAGGAUUUCACCUUCUGAAACCCAUCAGGAACCUCACAAUGAGAUUGUGCUUUCCCAAGAACCGGCUAUCUACUGCAUCGCAAUGCGCUACGAUAGCAGUCACAUACACUUUCAACCUUCAACCUUUCUUGCAGGAAGGAAAGUAUUACUCCAAUCACACAACUUUAAGGGUCUUCUUUAAAAGAAGAACACCAAUUCGUGAACAGACUCCAUUUCAUUGAAACAGGCAUGCCUGGCCUGAGUAAUAGUCUCUACCACCUUCAGUGGCAGAACACUUAGGUCUGCCGCAUCUUGUCCAGGAGCCACAUGUGGAGCUUCGUAUUCCAGCUUUUGAGGAAUUUCGCCUGCUUCGCCUUCAAUCACUUGGCUCUGAAGCAAAAACCUAAUGAGUGGUUGCUGUCGCCUAUUUAUAUCCGCAUGACGGAGAGUGGCUCGGGAAGCAAAUAAAAACAGCCAAAUUUCAUUGCCAUUUUCUCUUAAUCAGCAAGACUCCAGUGUGUCAUUACGGCGUAACUCGUAGUGACUGACUGAUAAGGAACCGCAGAAACGCUGAAAAUGUGAGAAUUGUAAGAUACAUGUUUAUUUCAUGGCAGAAACAAAAAUGUGCAGUUGUGAAUUUCAAAUUGGGAAUUGUAAGAUGUAAACUUGAAAGUGCAAGGGGAUCUCACAUCUUACAGUUCUUACAUAGUUUUUGUCUCACAAUUCUGAGUUUAUGUCCUGAAAUUCUGGGUUUAUAACUCAAAAUUCUAAAAUUAUGUCUUGCCUUUCAGAGAUUCUAACUAGCAAUUCUAAGUUUGUCUCACAAUUCUUAGUUCAAAACUCACAAUUUAAAAUUGAUGUCCUGGUUUAUAACUCUGUUAUAAAAUUCUUUUUAUGUCUUGCAAUUCUGAAUUUGUCUCAAAUUUCUGAAUUCAUAACUCACCACUCAGAUUUUAUCUUGCAAUUCUAAAAUUACGUCUCGCAAUUGUGAGUUUAUGCAGUAUCUUGCAGUUGUGAGUUUACUGUUUUCUGGUUCUACUGGUUGUGUUAUAAAUUCAUGCUCUUUUUCAACACCGCUAAUAGCAGUAUAUUUGAACCAAAGGCAUGCCUAUCAAGUCCUGCUCAUUAUAUUGUACAUUGAAUAUCAGAAAUA